GCAGCUCUGAUACCCAUGUACCAGGGGCCAGGGUGGGAGGCCGAGGAGGGGACCCCGAUGCCCACAGGGGACCUGCCCCCCUCCAGCAACGAAUGCCCUGGUGCCCGACAGCCGGCAGCCCCGUGCGCCGUGCAGAGCCGAGCGCGGCACAAAGCCAGGCGUGAGCCCCAGGCAGCGGAGGCAUGCGGCAGUAGCUCCACCUCGGGGCGGGCGAGGGCUGGAGUCUCCUCCCCGCCGCUCCCCGCCGUUGUUGUGCUGGAUCUGCCUCUGGCCCAGGUGGACAGACCCAGCCGGACCCCGCGGGUCAGCUGCGAGAUCCCUGGCCCAGGACCCGCCAGCACCAUGAAGCCCUACGUGACCUACAAGCAGCUGAACCCGCUGGACAAGCCGGAGGAGCAGCUGCCACCGGAGCAGGGGACCCUGCCUGCCCACAAGCGUGCCUGCUGGGCCGUGCUGGCUACCGUGCUGGCCGCCAUGCUCCUGGCCGCGCUGUUCACCUACCCCCUGGUCUUCCUGGCUGGCUCCACACCGUCGCGGCAAGACAGAGUCCAGCAGGCCCCCGGUGACGCGUGCACCGACCCAUGCCGGAUCACGCUGGUCGAGAGCAUCCCCGAGGGGCUGACGUACAGCAGUGCCGUGCCCUCCCACCCCUCCACCUUCCAGACCUGGCUGGAGCUGAUUGGGGGUGCACAGAGCAGCCUGGACAUCGCCUCCUUCUACUGGACCCUGACCAACGCCGACUCGCACACACGGGAGCCCUCGGCCCAGCAGGGUGAGCAGAUCCUGGCCGAGCUGACGCAGCUGCCCCAGCGCGGGGUGGCCGUGCGGGUGGCCGUCAGCACCCCCAAAGCCAAGCAGCCCUUGGAUGACCUGGAGGCGCUGGAGCGAAGUGGCGCCGCGGUGCGCAAGGUGGACAUGCCUCGGCUCACCAAGGGCGUGCUGCACACCAAGUUCUGGGUGGUCGACGGCACACACAUCUACCUGGGCAGUGCCAACAUGGACUGGCGGUCACUCACUCAGGUGAAGGAGCUGGGUGCAGCCGUCUACAACUGCAGCUGCUUGGCCCGGGACCUGGGCAAGGUGUUCGAGGCCUACUGGGCCUUGGGGGUGCCCAACGCCACCAUCCCGGAGCCGUGGCCCGACAGCUACUCCACCAUCUACAAUGCCGAGACGCCGCUCCAGCUGCAGCUCAAUGGCACACCAGCUAGCGUCUACCUCUCCAGCUCGCCUCCAGCUCUGUGCGCCCGUGGCCGGACCGAGGACCUGCGGGCGCUGCUCACCGUCAUCGACACUGCCACGGACUUCGUGCACAUCGCCGUGAUGAGCUACCUGCCCACCAUGGAGUUCUCCCGGCCCAAGAGGUUUUGGCCGGCCAUCGACAACCACCUGCGCCGUGCCGCCUACGAGCGCGGCGUCAGCGUCCGGCUCCUGGUCAGCUGCUGGUCACACUCGAAGCCGCCCAUGUUCCCCUUCCUGAAGUCCCUGGAGGCUCUGCAGGACAACAGGACGCGGUACAGCGUGGAGGUGCGUAUCUUUAAGGUCCCGGCGAACGAGACGCAGGCCCAGAUCCCGUACGCCCGCGUGAACCACAACAAGUACAUGGUGACCGAGAAGGUGGCCUAUAUCGGCACGUCCAACUGGUCGGGCGACUACUUCGUGCAGACGGCCGGCUCGGCGCUGGUGCUGGACGAGACGGGCGCGGGGGCCACGGUGCGGGCGCAGCUGCAAGCCAUCUUCCAGCGCGACUGGGACUCGCCCUACAGCACCGACCUGGGCAGCCUCGCCCGCUGGGAGAGCCUGUGCCAGACCCACUAGGCACCAGCCCCGGGGUGGGGGGCACCCCCGGCCCCUCGUCCACCCGUGCUCUGCGCUGGAGGAAGGGGCUGGGGGGUGCAGAGCUGUCAGCCUGGACCCCUGGGUUUCCUCCCAGCUCCAGGGGGGGAGUGGGGGCUGGGGGGUGAGAGUGGGGUGGGGGGCUGGGUUCUGGGGGAGGUGAGUGGGGUCCGGAGGGGAUAGAGCAAGGGGCUGGCAGCUCGGACACCUGGGUUUCCUGGGAGGCGAGCGGGGUUGAGGACCAGGGGCUGGGAGCCCUAGGGAAGGCAGGAUGGGGCAGGACCCCCGCCGGGCUGGUCUCAGCUCUGCCCCCCAUGCAGGGGCUCAGCUCCGGGCACCGACGCACCCUGUGCCGCAUGCCAGACCGGGGUUGCAGAGGUGGCGCAGGAGCAUGUCCACACUGAGCCAGCCACCAUGGUUAAUUAAAGCUCAUUAAGUGCCCGG